AAAGGCAAUUUUAGUUUAUUUACGGAGCGACCCCUAUAUUUUGUAGUUUAAAGCCUGUCGAACAAAAAAACCGAGAUACAAGUGCAGCUAGUACGCGAAAUACACUAUUCCAAUUGCAAUUUUGUGACCAUGACCGCUAACCCGUGCAUAUUCUGUUUAGAUGAGCAGCACUUACCACGCCGUAUUCCCUGCGGCCAUUCCUUCUGCGCAGAGUGCUUUGAUAAAUAUUUGGAACUUGUUCGGGACUCGCGCUGUCCACUUUGUAGACGCGAUUUCAGGACGGACUUUCCUCCUCCUCUCGAUGAUUUCAGCCGAGUGACCUUCGCGUCUGGAGAGGAAUCCGAACCUUUAGUAGCACUGCCCGAGGUUGAGCUGGACACGCUGGUGCUGACCCUUUCGGAACAGGAGUGCCGGUUCUUCGAUCAGCUUUAUCGGGAGGUUGAGCUGGUGAACGGUCGGGAGUAGAUGACCAAUGUGGGGCACAAAGUCCCUGCCAACGAUCUGUGAUUCUUGUUGUUUUUGUCUACUUGUAUAUAUUGUGUAUAAUAUUUUAUAAUUAGCCUUCU